AUGCCAAGUUUCAACACCAGUUUUGGAGAGAGCUUCAUUUUGGUGGGCUUUUUGGACUGGCCUCGACUGGAACUCAUGUUUUUUGUCUUUAUUUUGAUUUUCUACUCCUUAACUCUCCUUGGCAACACUGCCAUAAUCCCUCUCUCCCACCUGGAUCUUCGACUGCACACGCCCAUAUACUUCCUCUGCCACCUCUCCUUCCUGGACCCCUGCUUCACCACCAACACUGGGCCCCAGCUUCUGAUCCACCAGCCCAUCACCGGGGGAGGGUGUGUAGCCCAGUUCUUCAUCUACCUCUCCCUGGGCACCACUGAGUGUGUGCUCCUGGUGGGGAUGGCUUUUUACUGCUACAUUGCUGUCUCCCGUCCACUCCACUACAUGGCCAUCAUGUAUCCUCAUCUCUGCCAGACACUGGUUGUCACCUCCUGGGUGGGAGGCUUCAUGAUCUCUCUGAUUCAGACAGACCUUGUGAUGGUCAUGCUUCUCUGUGGCCAUCGGCUAAACCACUUCUUCUGUGAGAUGCCUGUAUUCCUGAAGUUGGCUUGUGAGGACACAGAAGGAACAGAGGCCGAGAUGUUUGUGGUCCGAGUCACCAUCUUGGUUGUUCCUGCAGCACUAAUUCUAGGCUCCUAUGCACACAUUGCUCAGACAGUGCUGAGGAUCAAGUCAAUGGCUGGGUGUAGAAAGGCUUUCAGGACUCGUGGGUCCCACUUGCUGGAGCUUUUCCUUUUUUAUGGCUCAGGCAUCUACACAUACUUUCAACCCAUCCACAGUUAUUCUGAGAGCGAGGGAAAGUUUGUUGCUCUUUUUUAUACUAUAAUCACUCUUAUUCUCAAUCCGAUUUAUACUCUAAGGAACAAGGGUGUGAAGGAGACUCUGUGGAAGGUACAAGGAAGAGGCAGAGACUCAGGGUAG